AAAAAAAGAAGAACCUUUGCUGAAACUGCUGGAGGAGAGACGGAUCCUGCCCCUAAAACCAUGGGGCCUGUCAGCUACUCAUCAGAGACCUAUGACUUGAGCCAGGUGGAGCUGAGCGGUUACUACGAAGCCGAGAACACCACCCCGUCUUUGGAGGGCUACUUUUGCUUCAACCCUGCCUCGUCUGUGGUUGGCAACCAGAGAGACCCCUUCAGAAGGGUCUUCAUGCCCCUCAUCUAUCUGCUGAUGUUCGUGUUGGGGACUGUGGGCAACGCCCUGGUCCUAGUCAUUUUAGAGAGGUUCAAGCGGUCUCGCACUACCACGGAAAACUUCCUCUUCCACCUCACCCUGGCCAACCUGGCACUGUUGCUCACCUUCCCCUUCAGCGUGGUGGAGAGCUUGGCUGGGUGGGUGUUUGGGAAGUUCCUCUGCAAGAUCCUCAGCGCUGUCCACAAGAUCAAUUUCUACUGCAGCAGCAUGCUGCUGGGGUGCAUCGCAGUGGACCGCUACCUGGCCAUCGUCUACGCAAUCCACACCUACCGCAAACGCAGAGCUCGCUCCAUCCACCUCACCUGCACGGCUGUCUGGCUCUGCUCGCUGCUUUUGACCUUGCCCGAUCUCAUCUUCAUGGAAGUCUGGACAGAUGACAGCAACCGCAGCAUUUGCUAUUUUCCAGAGGUCGGGAUCGACGGCAACAAUGUCUGGCUGGCGACCCGCUUCCUCUACCACACCGUGGGCUUCUUUGUGCCCCUGCUGGUCAUGUGCUACUGCUACACGGCCAUCGUCCGGGCUCUGUGUCAGUCCCAGCGCCUGCAGAGGCAAAAAGCUGUCCGCGUGGCCAUCCUAGUCACAGGCGUCUUCCUGCUCUGCUGGAGCCCCUACCACAUUGUCAUCUUCCUGAACACACUGACCAAGCUAGAAGCCUUCACCAAGAACUGCCUCCUGGAAGACCAGCUGGACACGGCCAUCAUGGUGACAGAGGCCAUUGGCUUCCCGCACUGCUGCCUCAACCCCAUCCUCUACGCCUUCAUCGGAGUCAAGUUCCGUAACGACUUCUUCCGGAUCCUGCAGGAGCUGGGCUGCAUAAGCCAGGAGACCCUGCAGGAGAUCCUGGAGGUGACGAGGAAGGGCAGCGGGAUCGAGUCUGACAACACCACCUCUAUCUCCACCUUCUAGCUGGGAGAGGCUGCCUGCAGGGCAGAACCAGCCCGGGGCUUGCCUUCCCAGUGGCACACGUGCUGUGACCUCACUCCCAAGUUUCACAAGCAUCCCCACCACUCUCUUCACUCCUCAGAAGACUGAGGUCCAGUAGCCACCAGACACCCAAAUCCCACCAGAUACCUUCCCUGGCUCCUUCUGGUUCUCACACCUGUAGAAAUCCACCUGGCAGACGUUGGCGAACGCUGGCUGUCCGACAGUCACUCUGGCAGGGCCAGAUGAACCUGAGCGGCUCGAACCCGUCGUUUCCACUCUCCCUCGAACAACCGACGGCAGGCAUCCUGUGCACGGAGCCAGGCAGGAGACCGGGGUGCCGGGGCAAGGAAAAAACUGCAGCUAAGUCAAUGUGGAGUUGUGUCAGCGAGCGAGGGCUGAGGACAAAAGCUAAGCAGGUCUCUGUUUUGCCAGCUCAGGUUGGUAGAGACGCGCCCGAAGGAAGCAGCAGGACUCAGUGGCCACGGCAGCUGGAAGGGGAGAUGCAGAUAGGACUGGCAGGGGAUGCAGAGCUCACUCCAACAGCUUGGGCACGCGGUGCUGGACGGUCUCUGGCUGCAAUAUUCCUGCUCCUGCUGCGUGACAUUCCCCUGGCCAGCCACAGCAUGUUGAUUUUCCCAACUUGGUUCGCACCAGGAGGUCCUGCCGUGGCCUCAAAUAUUUGACUGCUGCAGAUUCCUUUCCUGACAUCAGCUGCACCCUUUCCUGCUCACUUGAUCCGUUUUACUGCUGUUAAGAGCUCCAGUCAGUGACUGCUGAACACCUGACUAUGCAAAAGCUUUCCUUUGAAGAAGGCGGCUGUCUGGAGAGAUGGCUUCUAUCUUGUGACUGAGCGCAGGGGAGAUGAACCACACGGCUUUGUGAGGCUCGAAGGUGUAACUUUUGCUUUUGCAGCUAGCUGUACGGCACUUUGUGGGUUCUGCAAGCAAGGAGGCCCAUUGCCCAAGAGUAAGGAAAAGAGCUCAUUUGGGUAAUUUCUGUUCGUUUUGAGCGGGCAGAGCGGGAACGCAGCAUUUUGCUUUGCACCGCGCUUUCCGAUAUUUUUGCUCCACCUGCAUCUACGGGGCUUUUAGAGGUUUAGUGCAUCCAGGUUUACGCAGGACAAACCUGGGAGCUGAUCUUGCCCGGAGCCACGAGUAUCCAGCACUGCUCUGGUCAGGGCUGCUCGAUAACAACUCGGUCCAAAAUAAGAGCGGCAGCUUUCACUGUCGUUAGUAAUUGCACCGCAAGCUGGCA